GCGGUAAAAGACUUCACAGACUUCACCACACAAGCUCCCCUUCUUAGCUCUACUUUUUCUUUGUUUUCUCUCUCUAAAACCAACUCCAUUGCGAUUCAAUUUUUUCUCGCACUUUCUCGGUGUUUUUAUGGAAAAAGGAUGGGGUCUCACCCUCGAUUCUGAUUCUCACGGUUUCUUUCUCAAUAAACCCCAGCAACUACCUGUGAUCGACCACACUAGUUCCAAACGAAAUAUCUUCGGUAAUAGUACUGAUUCACCUAGAACCAUGACGAUGUUCUCCGGCGUCGACCUUUCAGCCGUUAGAUUUUCCCGCAGGGAAGAUCAGAUUUCGGUAGCGAUGCCACCGCCUCCUUCCGACGAGAAUCGGGCCUCUGCCGCCGUGGUCGACUUCUUCUCGGAAAAGAAUAGAAUAGUCAACGAUAGCGAUGAUUCCAAAGCCGUCGCAGCAGUUAGCAUCAAGAAGGAGAGUUCACAUGGCGAGGCCACACCGGGACCUUCGAAUUUAAAUGUAAAUACUGGUUUGCAUCUUCUAACUGCCAAUACCGGAAGUGAUCAAUCGACGGUGGAUGAUGGUGUAUCAUCUGAUGUAGAAGAUAAGCUUUCAAAAAACAAGGUGGCUCGUUUACAAGUUGAGCUCCAAAGCAUGAAUGCUGAGAAUCAAAAGUUAAAAGAAAUGCUUACUCAGGUGAGCAGUAAUUACAGCGCUCUACAAAUGCACGUGGUAGCUCUUAUGCAACAGCAGCAACAACAACAACAGCUAAAUCAUCGAGCCGACACUGCUCAGCUACUGCAACAUCAGAUUAAUAAUAAGGAUCAAGAAGUCAAACACGAGAGACAAUUCCUUGAUUUGGGACCAAGUGCUGCCACAGUGGAGACAGUAGAUGAUCAAGUAUCCAACAAUUCUUCCUCAUCAGAAGAGAGAACCCGUUCCGCAACACCUCAAAACAAUAAUAUUGUUCAAGAUGUGAAAUAUAAUAACAGUACUACCAGUAAAGAUAUCACCCCAUUCGAUCAUCAAGAUCACAGCUCUGCUAGUUAUAGAGAUUGUAAAAGGGUCAACAGAGAAGAGAGCCCGGAAUCUGAGUCCCAAGGUUGGGCUGCUAACAAGGCUGUUAAGUUGAAUCCUGCCUCCAAGCCUAUCGAGCAAUCUCCUGAUGCCACCAUGAGGAAAGCCCGUGUAUCAGUUCGUGCCCGAUCAGAAGCUCCCAUGAUAACUGAUGGAUGUCAAUGGAGAAAAUAUGGUCAGAAAAUGGCCAAAGGGAAUCCUUGUCCUCGUGCCUAUUAUCGGUGUACAAUGGCUGUUGGAUGUCCCGUUCGCAAACAAGUUCAACGUUGUGCUGAAGAUCGAACCAUUUUGAUCACGACAUACGAAGGAAAUCACAUCCACCCACUCCCACCAGCGGCUAUGGCGAUGGCAUCGACAACCACUGCAGCAGCGAACAUGUUAUUGUCCGGUUCUAUGUCGAGCGCAGAUGGGUUAAUGAACCCGAAUUUAUUGGCUAGAGCCAUUCUUCCAUGCUCAUCGAAUAUGGCUACCAUUUCGGCUUCGGCUCCAUUCCCUACAGUCACAUUGGACCUAACCAACAACUCCAACCCACUACAGCUGCUAAGAUCACAACCAACCCAAUUCCAAGUUCCAUUAGGGCAACCCCAAAACUUCGCUACACCACACAAUGCUUUUGGACAAAGUCUAUAUAAUCAGUCCAAAUUUUCUGGUCUUCAGCUCUCAGGUCAAGACAUGGCCACCGUGUCUUCAGCCGCACAAUUACACGCGCACCAAACUCAUCCGCAGGCAUCUUUGGCCGAUUCGGUUAGUGCAGCCACGGCCGCUAUCACAGCUGAUCCAAACUUCACAGCCGCGCUUGCCGCGGCUAUCUCCUCCAUCAUCGGAAAUGGAGCUAAUCAGAAUAAUAAUAAUGCCGCUAGUUCCGCUGCUAAUCCCAGUAGCAACUCAAACAACAGCAACAAAAUGAUCAGCAGCUUUCCAGGAAACUAGAGAUUGUGUUUUUCUUACUGUAUCAGUUGUUCAUUAGUUUUUUUUUCUUCAUUUUUUUGUUCUUUUUUGGGCUAGUAAAUGAGUACACAAGAUAAGAUGACAUGUCCAUAGUUUUGUUGUUGUAAGGGUCUUGACGACAAAGUUUAUUCUUUCUUAUUGUUCAAUUUUGAAUAAUUUUUGUUCAAAAUUUUCAGUACAUACACAGAAAUGGAGAAAAACAAAGUUAUUGUAUUAGCCACAUUUAUGUACUAUUUCAAAUUCCAAUACACAUAGAUAUUCUUAUA